AUGUUCAAGCCACCACCGCCGCCGCUGGCGCCGGCGGCCAUGGCGAGCGACGAACUGAUCCGCCUUCGCAUCGAAAAUGCGAUGUUGAUGUCUCAGUUAAGAAUACAGCGUCAGGAAAAUGCACGUCUGCGUGAGGAGCUCAAGAAUGCACACGGAUACACCGCUACGUUGGACUUUGGUAGACUGAAACAGCAAGUCGCGGCGGCCAAGAGAGAGCUCGCACGAACGACUGCCAAACUACCACAGAGUCUCCGAGAGCGCAGACUCCUUCGCGACUAUCGCUUGUACUUGUCCACGAAUCCCCCAGACGACAUGCUUGCGAUGUGCGCAAAGGCACUAAGAGGCAACCUCAGGCGUGGAAUGUUCAUCUACGAUCUUGUCCUGACCCAGCUCCAGUUCUUCGCGUCGUCAUCAUCAACCUUUCCAGGUCGUGCAUGUACAAAGUUUCCACCAAAGAUUGUCCAUUGGUGCGAGAGCAUGUACAUGACGUAUGGCCGGCGCGCGUACGAGUUGCUGAGCGGGGAGGCCAAGGCGUCGUCGAUUGGCGACAAGCGGAGCCCAUCGACUUGGAGCGGUCAUAUGGUCCUUCCAUCUUUGCGCAUGAUCCAGCGCCGUCUCGCCGCCUUUCGCGCUCAACACGGCUUGUCUUCUGACAUUGUCGCCGCCAACUACGUGAGCAACAAGGAAUUACUGAAACGCAUGGCACCACCCGCGGAUACAUCGUCGCCUCCAACGACUCAGGAACACCUCUGCUGGGCGGCGGCUCUGGUGGAAUCAUACAUGCAAUGCGCCGUCCCGACGGAAGCCAUGUACGAUGAUCUGGACGACAUCCUCGCGUUUCUCACUUCGGUCUUGGUGAAUGAACCGUCGUUGCUCGACCUCCUUCGUCAACGGCAGCAACGGCAACCGACUGAAAAUGUGGAAAUUGUGUGGAGGUCCAUGUGCGCUUCAGUCCUCCGAAUUCUCGAAUCUGCCGAUGUCGAUUCGAGAUGACGGUGUUCACAAGUCGUCUGUGCGUUCGACGACAAGUGGCGUUUUUCACGCCUUGUCGUUGCUGGCAAACUUUUUUCAACAACGCAAAACUCGUGCAAGCAAUAGUAUAAAGUGAAAACAAUUUUAACUUAGAUGUGCAA